GAGCUCUACUCUUUUAAACAAUCCCGGUGUUAGCUAAGCAGCAUGAGCUGCAUGACCCUUGUGUUUAACAUGGUGAAAGUCAACUUCAUUUUGCGGUUACUUAAUUAAAUGACAGUGAAAAUAAGCAAGAGUUUUCGCCCUGCUAGCUGUUCCAUCAGGGCUAGCAAACCUUCCUGCCUGUAACUACACCAUAGACUGUAUCCGCUUUACAGUUUGACAAAGUCUGUGAAGAUGCCAGCCGGUGUGUCUUGGCCUCGAUACAUAAGAAUGUUUGGAGCCAGUAUACUGUCCAUGUUUGCAGGAGCACAGGUCGUCCAUCAGUACUACCUACCUGAUCUGAGCAUACCAGAGGUCCCACCAAAGCCUGGGGAGCUUCAGACAGAACUGCGGGGCUACAAAAUCAAAGAAGAGGCCUCUGCUUCGUUAAAGCAGCUCAAAGCAGAACAAAAGGUGGACUGAUGUGGAAUUACACUGUAAAUCCUUUGUGUGAUGGACACUUAAUCAAGCAGACUUUGUCCAGUUUUUGUCAACAACUAGAGGCUGAAACGUGCCUGGGAGCAGAGUCAUUUCUUGGGACAUCUGCAAAUGAAUAUCUCUUUCUUUGGUGUUUUCUUCUGAUGGAGCAAACAAAAUUGGAAUCAAAUGCUACACCAUUUGUGUUUUGCCGCCUGGGAUAAGGAUCUUAUCUGGAACUCAGUCAUUCUGUUUAUACAACCAGUCGUAUCCAUCUGUUGUUACUACAUCUUGUCAUUCUUUUUGAAUGUGUUUGCAUUUGUCGAAGGAGUGAUGAAAUGAGUAAGAGAACACUUUAUAAGCAGACAGCAACUGUGCUAGAGUCAUUAAACAGUUAAUGGUCUCGACUAAACUUACAAAAUGUAUUUUAAAUAAAAAAAUAUACACAAA